UAGUUAUCUUUGGCCUAAGAUCGAUGGAUGAUGGCUUCCAUAACACCGAGGAGCCAUAUUAGUGUGUAAAGAGGAGUGGUUGUGAACAACUGGUCUCUGCUGUGCGUAGAUGUGUGUUCAUCAUAGUCAUCUCACGUGACGUUGUGUUUCAUCUGUGAAUCUAAGUUUUGAAGCGUUAAAAAUGUCGCGGCCAUCUGAUCGUCAGAGUUAUUCGCAAACAUACAAACUAGUAGUUGUUGGUGGAGGCGGAGUGGGCAAAUCCGCAAUUACCAUUCAGUUCAUACAGAGCUACUUCGUCACCGAUUACGACCCCACCAUCGAGGACUCUUACACCAAGCAGUGCGUCAUCGACGAUGUGCCUGCCAAAUUGGACAUCCUGGACACGGCCGGUCAGGAGGAGUUCAGCGCCAUGCGCGAGCAGUACAUGCGCUCGGGCGAGGGCUUCCUGCUUGUGUUCGCCGUAACGGACCGCGCCAGCUUCGACGAGCUCUUCAAGUUUCACCGCCAGAUCCUGCGAGUGAAGGACCGCGAGGAGUUCCCCAUGCUCAUGGUGGGCAACAAGGCCGACCUGGACCACCAGCGCGUGGUGUCGCAGGCCGAAAUCCACGGCCUGUCGCGGCAGCUGAAGAUCCCGUACAUCGAGUGCAGCGCCAAGCUGCGCACCAACGUGGACCAGGCGUUCCACGAGCUGGUGCGGAUAGUGCGCCGUUUCCAGCUGGCCGAGCGGCCGCCCGUCAAGCCCAACUACAAGAAGAGCAAGAAGAAGUGCUGCGCACACUUCGUUAAGAGUUUUGCCCAUAUUUUUGCAUUCAUGAAAGAGUUGUGGCACAAAUAUAAGAAGUUCAUUGAACAAUUUCCUGCAUUAUACCAUCAACCAAGCAUUUACCACAGAGCUGCAAAUCAAAGAAAAUUUGGACUCCAUCACUUUCUAUAUUUCUAUAUGUCGCUACAACACAAACAUUUUAGUCCAUUUGGGUCUUCAGUCAAAAUAAAUAAAAAAGAAAAGUGCUGGCUCUUCGACAGUGAAAUUUUAUGUAGAAAUCAAAAACAAGAUAUUGUGAACAUGUGUUUGCAUUAUUGUUUUACAAAGCAUAUAAACCCGAGACAAUGUUAUAAUGUUUUAGAUUCAGAAAAAGCAGCAUUCAUUUAUGGUAAUAAUUUGAUUGUCAAUCACUUAUUUUCAUGUAUUAGAGGAAAAUCUGUCAAAAUUGCCUUGAUAAUUGAUUAUAGUGUGAAAAACAAUGAUUAA